GAGCAGGUGGUGGGGGAGACGCGGGCGACGAGCAGCUCCCGCGAGCGGACAGACUGGAGGGCUGCGCAUCUGGGCCGCCGGACCCGGAGGUGGCGACCCCGACCUGACCUGACCCGGACCCGAAAUCAGCUCCCGCCCCGCCGGGCGGACGCGCGCGCUCGGGUCGCCGCACGCGACGGCGCCGCCUGUUUACGAUCUCCAGGGGAGCCCACCAUUGUGACUAACAUGGCCUCCGAAGACAUUGCCAAGCUGGCAGAGACACUGGCCAAAACCCAGGUGGCGGGGGGACAACUGAGUUUCAAGGGCAAGAGCCUCAAACUCAACACUGCGGAAGAUGCUAAAGAUGUGAUUAAAGAGAUUGAAGACUUUGAUGGCUUGGAGGCUCUGCGCCUGGAGGGCAACACAGUGGGCGUCGAAGCAGCGAGGGUCAUCGCCAAGGCCUUAGAGAAGAAGUCAGAGUUGAAGCGAUGCCACUGGAGUGACAUGUUCACGGGGAGGCUGCGGUCCGAGAUCCCACCAGCCCUGAUCUCUCUAGGGGAGGGACUCAUCACAGCUGGGGCCCAGCUGGUGGAGCUGGAUCUGAGUGACAACGCGUUCGGGCCCGAUGGUGUGCAAGGCUUCGAGGCACUGCUCAAAAGCUCAGCCUGCUUCACCCUGCACGAGCUCAAGCUCAACAACUGUGGCAUGGGCAUCGGCGGUGGCAAGAUCCUGGCUGAGGCUCUGACUGAGUGUCACCAGAAAUCUAGUGCCCAAGGCAAGCCGCUGGCCCUGAAGGUCUUUGUUGCUGGCAGAAACCGUUUGGAGAACGAUGGAGCCACUGCCUUGGCAGAAGCUUUUGGGGUCAUUGGGACUCUGGAGGAGGUCCACAUGCCGCAGAAUGGGAUCAAUCACCCUGGUGUCACUGCCCUGGCUCACGCUUUCGCCAUCAACCCCCUGCUACGAGUCAUCAACCUGAAUGACAACACCUUCACUGAGAAGGGUGCGGUGGCCAUGGCUGAGACCCUGAAGACCUUGAGGCAGGUGGAGGUGAUCAAUUUCGGGGACUGCCUGGUGCGCUCCAAGGGUGCUGUUGCCAUUGCAGAUGCCAUCCGUGGGGGCCUGCCCAAGCUGAAGGAGCUGAACUUGUCAUUCUGUGAGAUCAAGAGAGAUGCUGCCCUGGCUGUCGCCGAGGCCAUGGCGGACAAGGCUGAGCUGGAGAAGCUGGACCUCAACGGCAACACCCUAGGAGAAGAAGGCUGUGAACAGCUUCAGGAAGUGCUGGACGGCUUCAACAUGGCCAAGGUGCUGGCAUCCCUCAGUGAUGACGAGGACGAGGAGGAGGAGGAAGGAGAUGAGGAAGAGGAGGGAGAUGAGGAAGAGGAGGAGGAGGAAGAGGAGGAAGAGGAGGAGGAGGAAGAGGAAGAGGAGGAGGAAGAACCACAACAGAGAGGGCAGGGAGAAGAGUCAGCCACGCCUUCAAGGAAGAUUCUGGACCCUAAUGGUGGGGAACCAGCUCCUGUGCUGUCCUCCCCGCCUCCUGCAGACGUCUCCACUUUCCUGGCUUUCCCCUCUCCAGAGAAGCUGCUGCGUCUUGGGCCCAAGAGCUCCAUGCUGAUAGCCCAGCAGACUGACACAUCUGACCCGGAAAAGGUGGUCUCUGCCUUCCUAAAGGUGUCAUCUGUGUUUAAGGACGAAGCCACAGUGAGGACAGCAGUGCAGGAUGCAGUAGAUGCCUUGAUGAAGAAGGCCUUCAGCUCAUCAGCCUUCAAUGCCAACGCCUUCCUUACCAGGCUCCUCGUGCACAUGGGUCUGCUCAAGAGUGAAGACAAGAUCAAGGCUAUUGCCAACCUGUAUGGGCCCCUGAUGGCACUGAACCACAUGGUGCAGCAGGACUACUUCCCCAAGGCCCUUGCACCCCUGCUGCUGGCCUUCAUGACCAAGCCUAACAGCGCCCUGGAAUCCUGCUCCUUUGCCCGCCACAGUCUGCUGCAGACGCUGUACAAGGUCUAGACUUGAAGCAUCUCCCUAUCGCUUGGCCUGGACCAGUGACCUGGGGAGGGAUUCGGAUGAACUGAGCUGCAGCCCAUGCCCUCCCCUCAAACAGGACUCUGACCAGAGGCAGGGAGGGUCUUUGUCUUGUGUGUCUUGUCCGUCUCCCUGAGUAUGUGUGGUCAUGUGCUUCCUGUCGGGAUUUGAGUUUUUAAUGUCUCCCUGCUGGCCUGGCCCUGGUUUGCUGAGGGGAGUUGGCUUCCUGCGGAAAGGGCUGCGAGCUGCUCUGCCAUUAAACUCACCACCCCCUGAGGCACUCUGCUGAUCUCUGCUUCAGGCUGGAGGCCCUGGUGGCUGCCCCCAAGCCCCCCAGGCCACACCAGAGCCUGGGCAGUUGCUGUCCAUGUGCUGUCCCCUCCCUCUGUGUUGUGGGCAGACUGCAUCCUGUCACCAAGGCCUGGUCCCACAGAGACUGCCAUCCCCACCACCCAUGUCUGCUGUGUUGACUGGUCGGCCUAAGGAGCAGAGACUGCCACGGGUGGGCCGUGGGGUUGUCAGCAGAGGGCAGGCCCCUGGCCCCCAUGCCAUGUGGACAGGCGGACAUCAGAUAGUCCAGGAGUGGGAGUUGCCUAGGAUUGUGCUGGCUUCCAGACCCAGUGGGACCCACCCCUGGCUGCUGAGAUUGUCUGUGACUGGCUUUGGGGCUGAGCUGGAGGGGACACCUUGGCGGCCCAAACCUGUUCUGCCUGGGGAGGGAGGGGCUGAGCCCCUGAUGCUGGAGCUACAUCUUGGGGCUGCUCUUAAAGGACCUUCUGGGGUAUGGGAAGGGUGGGACUGAACUGGGCAGGAGAUGCCCUGUGACCUCCUUGAGCGGCCCCAUGACCGCCCUGUGCUUUCCCCUUUGUGCUCUUUGUGUGUCUGGGCUGUGCCCGGGGGCUUCACAAAUAAAGUUGUGUGUGGCAGCA